CCUUCACGCCACAACGUGGCCGUUGAUGCUGAUGACGCCAUAGCAGCCGCUUCCCACUAAGGGACAUUUUUGUCAUUCCACAAUCUUUGGAACACAAUUUGGUUCCCACCAACUGAUCACUGAUCAGAAAAGCACACUACUUCUGCACUCAACCGCCCAAACGACUCAAUAACGCAACCAGAAAGAAGAAGAGAGCCAACGACAAACUUGAAUUUUCAAUAGUGACAGCCAUAUUAUAUAGUUUUUACUUUUUAUCUUCCAAAAACAGAGAAAAAAAAGAUAUUUAAUGUUUUUUUAAAUUCCAGUUACGUGCUGUGAGCCUGUGAGGAUAGAUAUGCUGUGGUGGAUGAUGUCGGAUAUGUCAUACAAAGAUAUCCCCUUGAAAAUUGUGACCAUGUGAUUUAGAAAAAAAGUGAUAUAUUUGUUAUUAUCUUUGGUUUCUUGUGUUUUGUUUUUUCUCUGAGCCUUUAUAUCCAACUUGGUUUUCUGACGGCGAGUUUUAUCACUAUGGAAGCGCGUCUUUGAUGUGGUGCUUUGCUUUGCUUGACCUUCACGUUUUCUCUCUUUCGGUUUGUGGUUGCAGUUACCAAAGCCCUCGUCAUGGGUACUAUCAUUGAAGAUGACUCAUUUACUAAGCCCUUAGGAAGAUGGCCUGUCUUCUAUUAUGGCAUGGGACACAUGCUUAAUGACAUUACGGCUGCUUGUUGGUUCACCUAUCUAUUAUUGUUCUUGACGGAUAUUGGACUUUCACCAAGGGAUGCAGCGGUUGUGAUGCUUUCAGGUCAAGUGGCUGAUGGUUUUGCCACCAUAUUUGCUGGUGAACUGAUAGACAGAUUUGGGCAUUUCAAGAUUUGGCAUGCUGCCGGAUCCAUAUUGGUGGCUGUUUCUUUUUCUUCUGUUUUUGGAGGUUGUCUACCAUGUAAAAUCUUCGGUUCCAACUCUAAAACAUUCGAAACUGCCAGUUACAGUGUAUUUGCAGCAAUCUUCAAUGUAGGCUGGGCUGCUACUCAGGUUUCACACAUGUCCAUGGUUACUUGCAUCACAUUGAACUCUACCAGCAGAGUGGCACUAGCUAGCUGUCGCAAUGCUUUUACCAUGGUUGCCAACCUAAGCCUUUAUGGAGUUGCGUUGAUAUUAUUCAGUGUCAUUAGUGGGAAAACAUAUGCUGGUGUUGAAAAUCAGUACCGUUGGAUUGCAUAUCUGUCAAUUCUUAUUGGCUGCUGCUUCGUCGGGAUAUUUCAUCUUGCAACCAAAGAACCCAGAUUGAAGGUUGGUGUACAUGGAUCAGUUCAUGCUAGGAUUUCAUGGGUCUAUUGGUUCAAGAGAGUUUUGUAUUAUCAGGUUGCUCUUGUUUAUGUUCUCACGAGAUUAGUUCUCAACGUUUCACAGGCAUACCUUGCAUUCUUUGUCAUCAAUGACCUACAUAUGGCCCAAUCAGCCAAAGCUUUGGUUCCUGCUAUUAUAUACAUAUGCAGUUUCGCUGUAUCUAUUGCAUUACAGGAGAUUGCAUGGACCGGUCGAAGGCUGAAGGCCUACUACUCUGCUGGGUGCAUUCUUUGGAUUUUUUGCGGUGCUGUGAUCCUUCUUUUAACAAGAAAUAUGAGUUAUGUGAUGUACAUAGUAUCAGUAUUUAUUGGCAUAGCAAAUGCUCUGAUGACGGUGACUGCAGUAAGCAUGCAAAAUUUUCUCAUUGGUGAGGACCUUAAUGGCUGUGCAUUUGUUUGUGGAUCAUUGAGCUUUGUGGACAAAAUUUCAUGCGGGCUUGCUUUAUAUGUUCUUCAGUCAUAUCAAAAUGUGUCUCCACAGCUCCAAGGAACACAAAUGGUCCUUUCAGUUACAAGGUUAGGUUUGGGUCUUGUUCCUGCAUUAUGUGCACUAGUUGGUGUGGCAGUAACUUGCACUAUGGAUUUCAACAACCCUUCAAAAUCUUUGACAGCACCGCUGCUAGUUUAGCCGUGUGUUCAUCAACAUGAUCGUUCUACUUCAUCUCUAACUAAUAUACAAAGAUAGCAUUUGAAAAUUCAACACAAGAAGUAAUCUUGGAAAUAUUCACAUUGUUUUUAGCAAGUUAUAUGUAUUAGUUAUUUAUUGAAUUGUUCUUAAUUAUAAGAAAUGUGAGGUCGAAUGUACAUAAUAGUAUGUUCACGAUUUAAUUGAAAUUUAUACUAGUACAUUUACAGUUUCAUUUGAACUAAA